AUGUCCUUCUUCCUGACAGGUCCCACCAUGAUUGCUGCGGUCAGCUCCCUGGUUCUCUCCAUCCUGGCCAUUUCAUUGGCUGCUCCAACAGGUCACCCCAGCCUCAGCAAUGCCUUUGACCAGAGCAUCUCCCUGACCAAGGCCACCCUGCAAAACGUCCGCACCUUCAUCACAAAUUACAAAGAAGUGGACCUUGGGAGCCCAUCCUUCGAAGACUACAGCCUCAUGCUGAGGAGUCUCCCGAACUGCCAAAUGUCCUACAGUCAGUGGGUGGAGAUGCAGGACGAGGAGCGAUUACAGCAGAGUUGGAGAGAUCUCCAGGUUUUCUGGAUCCACGUGGAUAUGAAACGGAUCCAUGCGAUUGGCCAAGGUGAAGGAUCAGCCCUAGCUGACUCCAUGGAAGCAAUUUCACUGGAUCUCAGGGAUCUGAUCUCCCAGCUCAAUAGAGAGAUCUCAGCUCUGAACAGUACGCCCCCUGAACCCCUGGACCUGACUCUCCCCAACAACGUCCUGAACCCAGGCCACGAUUGGCACAGCAAGCUACAAGGCUACAUCAUCUUCCGGGACCUGGAAACCUAUCUGAACAAAGUGAUCCGAGACUUCACUCUCUUAAAGACUAAAUAUUGA